CAAAGGCCUUUUGAACCAUAUUCAAGGCAGUUCGAGUCAAGGAUUAAACAAACACCCCAAAUGCCAACAUCAUAAGCAGUGAGGGAAAUUAUCUCAGUCAGUCAGAGCCCAGUCUGCUGAGAAUCUGAGAAAAAGUGCAGUCCUCCUCUUGUCCAGAGGCUGUUCAUGAAACACCUUCGCUCCUGUCCUUGAUUGCUGGAAGCCAAACCUGGCACAGCGCGUGGUCCCUGCAGCAAUGACCUCCCAGCUCCAGUGGGUGAGAUGGCUCUCAUCUGCUCUCCUGGGCUACCUGAGCUGCUGCUGUGCUCCGCAGGCUGAGGCGCAGUUCCCCCGCGUCUGCAUGACGGUAGAGGCGCUGCUGGCCAAGCGCUGCUGCCCAGCCUUGGGCCAAGAGCCAGGCAAUGCGUGUGGCUCCCAGCAGGGCAGGGGAUCGUGCAGGGAGGUGCAGGUGGACACCAGGCCAUGGCGCGGCCCGUACACCCUCCGCAACGUGGAUGACCGGGAACGAUGGCCCCUGAAGUUCUUCAAUCAGAGCUGCCAGUGCACAGGAAACUUUGCUGGCUAUAACUGUGGUGACUGCAAGUUUGGCUGGACUGGCCCCAACUGCGAUGAAAGGAAGCCACUUCUUGUCCGGAAAAAUGUCCAUGCCUUGACUGCGGCAGAGAGAGAGCAGUUCUUAGAUGCUUUAGACCGUGCAAAGAAUACCACUCACCCAGACUAUGUAAUUGCUACACAGCACUGGCUGAGUCUCCUUGGGCCCAAUGGAACUGAACCGCAAGUUACAAACUGUAGUAUUUACAACUACUUUGUGUGGCUUCAUUACUACUCAGUCAGGGACACCCUAUUAGGACCUGGCCGCCCAUUCACCGCUAUAGAUUUCUCCCACCAAGGACCUGCCUUUGUUACUUGGCAUAGGUACCAUUUGCUGCUGCUGGAAAGAGAUCUCCAGCGACUGAUUGGCAAUGAAUCCUUUGCAUUGCCCUAUUGGAAUUUUGCCACAGGUAGAAAUGAGUGCGAUGUGUGUACAGAUCAGCUUUUUGGAGCAUCAAGACCAGAAGAUCCAAGCCUAAUAAGUCAGAAUUCAAGGUUCUCACACUGGGCAAUAGUGUGCAAUAGCUUGGAUGAUUACAACCGUCUGGUUACACUGUGUAAUGGGACUAAUGAAGGGAUGCUACGGAGGAACCCACAAGGGAAGUCUAGCGAGCAGUUGCCAACCAUGGAAGAUAUCCAGAACUGCCUUUCACUUCAAGAGUUUGAUAAUCCUCCUUUUUUCUGGAAUUCUAAUUUCAGCUUCAGGAAUGCCCUGGAAGGGUUUGGUAAACCAGAUGGACCUUUUGUCUCCCCAGCGGUGAGCCUGCAUAACUUGGUUCACUCUUUCCUGAAUGGAACCAGCGCUUCCCCUCAUGCUGCAGCCAACGAUCCAAUCUUUGUGGUCCUUCAUUCCUUUACUGAUGCCAUCUUUGAUGAGUGGAUGAAACAAUUUAACCCCUCUGACAAUGCUUGGCCUCUGGAGCUGGCCCCUCUUGGGCACAACAGGAUGUUCAACAUGGUCCCUUUCUUCCCUCCUGUGACCAACGCGCAGCUCUUUCUAGCUGCAGAACAACUUGGCUACAGCUAUGCCAUUGACCUGCCAGAUUCACCUGAAGAAACACAUGCUUGGGCUAUUAUGGCUGGAUCCACUAUCGGAGGAGCACUGAUAGCUUCAGUUAUACUAAUUAUGCUGCUUGCACUCUUUCAGCACAGAAGAUACAGAAAAGGUUUUGAACCACUGAUAAAUGCAAGAUUCAUCAAAAAAAAAUAUACAGAAGAGGCCUAGUGCUGUAGCAUUGUGUCAUCAGAUUUACCUGUAAGAAACUAAUCUGAUUAGCGGCAAAGAGUCCUGUGGCACCUUAUAAAUUAACAGACGUAUUGGAGCAUAAGCGUUCGUGGGUGAAUACCCACUUCGUCAGAUGCAUUUAUAAAGUGCUAGUGACAUGUGCCAAUAUUACACAGGUAGGGAAGAGCAGCAGCUGGAGUAAGAGGUAGCUAGAGCAAAAGACUGAAAUUUUUUUUUGCUCUCUAGUGCUGCCUGUAGAGAGGACCUGUUUCGUCUGUUAGUCUAUAAGGUGCCACAGGACUCUUUGCCGCUUUUACAGAUCCAGACUAACAUGGCUACCCCUCUGAUACUUAACCUGAUUAGCUGUUCAACUCUUAGCCAAGUGCUGAACUAACAACUUGACACACAUUCCUUUGCUAGACAGCUAGCGACAUUGUUCUCAUCUCAGAGGCCCUGUUCUUUUCCAGUCAUUUGGGGUCAUCAGUCUCAUAUCUUCAAACAUUUUGAAACAACAUACGAGGUACUUUGCUUUACAUGUGUUUGCUUUCACACACACAUGUGCAGCCUAAGCCAGGAUAGAGUUUUCCUGUUGCCAAAAGUUGUUUGUAGUUUGUGAUGCCUAGGUUUGGAUCACAUCAUCUGAGAAUCCCGAAGACAGAAAAAAAGAAAAACAAAGACAAAUGCAAAUCUUUUUCCUAAAUGUGUUUCUAAACUAACAAUACUGUGACAAGCAGAAUUUCAUGGACUAUAUAUCUUUGGAUAGUAGAGUAUAUACAGGCAUAAAACAAUAUUGCAAAUAAGUGAUGUUUCUUUAAAAAAAGGACUCAAAUAUUCCAUGUACGAUUCUGCAAAUGCUCUUCUGGGGCUAGAUGGAAUACUGUAAGGAAUAUGUGGGGACAGUUUAAGCCACAGAAUCAGCCCUUAACUUAAAUUGCAUAAGAACUAAAAUAAACACCAGGAAACUCCCUAAUUCAAAUUUCCCAUGUCCAAGUAAGUAAUGAGCAGGAAUUCAUUUCUAACUAAACAGACACGCCUGUGCGAUUUCAGUACCAGGGGCCUGUGGCAGAGACUGAAUCCUAUACCUGCCCUUCUGCACAUGGAAACUUCUCAGACUAUGCUGAGAGGAAAGAGGUGAGUGGGGGGUCAGACACAGCUGAAGUGGUGGGGGAUUGCAGGAAAUUGUCAGGAGAUGGCAGUGUUAUGAGUACCAGAGAAGCAGGGGUGAAUGUGUGUUUGUGUAUGAAGGGCAGAAAUUAGAGCAUAGAUAUGUAGGACCCCAUGUGGUCCUUCCCAAAUGGCCUCACCAAACCUUUAAAGCCAAUCCCAGCAGACAGAGGCGACACAUGGGGGGUGGGGGGCGCGCUGUGCCUCUGCCUAGGAACCGAGGGACAUGACAUCGCUUCUGAGGAGCUGAGUGGAGCCAGGUAGGGAGCCUGCCUUAGCCCUGCUGCACCGCCCGGUCAGCAGUGCUGACUGGAGCCACCAGGGUCCCUUUUUGACCGGGUGUUCCAGUCGAAAACCGGACACCUGGCAACCCUAAUGCUCACAUGGACUGAACAUGCUCAGUUACACUGCUGAAGCUGGCUGCCCUCACUCUGCUCCCCUGCCCCACCCCCAACCCCCACUGGCAUAGGUCCUCUCUACAGGCAGCACUAGAGAGCAAAAAAAAAAUUCAGUCUUUUGCUCUAGCUACCUCUUACUCCAGCUGCUGCUCUUCCCUACCUGUGUAAUAUUGGCACAUGUCACUGGCACUUUAUAAAUUCAUUCACAUUAUGGAAUAGCACAUUAUUUUACAGCCUCAACAGCUAAAUUCUCAGACCAGAAAGAAUUUAACUCUAGUAAGUUCUCUGAUAGGCUUCCUCUAUUGGACAAUGUCAGCUAGAGAAGGAGUCGGGUAUUUCAAAUUUCCCUCUAAAUUUUGUAGGCUCUUUUCAUUUCAACCUAUACAGAUUCUCCUACAUUAAUGACUUGAAAAAAUGUUACUCUGAGUGUUGAAAAAACUAUUUGCUGUAAACAAACUAGUCCUAAAACAUUUUUCAAAGCAUGGGAUGUAGAAAUUAAGCAUCUCACCUGGAAAGACUGAAAUGCUCUUUAGUUUUCCAAGCCUCUGGGUAUGGGAGGAGGAUUAAAACAGGAUUUGGUAUUCCCAUACUUCCCUCUUGCUUUCCUCAAUAGUCUAUAAGUAAUUUGGCUUAGUAUUGCAUUUGUAUCAGGGUUUUGCCAUAUGUUCUUGAGAUCGCCUGUGUUCCCAUCAUUUAUUAAGUCCUGGAUGGAUCUUGUAGGCUUCAGUGGAUAGUAUGUUAUAUUGUUGGAACUACUCACUGCUAUGCUUUACCAGUGGUAUCUUUUAUGGUACAAUUUACUGUGUUGAUUUCUAGAAAAAUUAAGCCCUGUUUUAACUAUCUGAAUAAACAUUUAGCAUAUUAAAGGACUUAGCAUUUUGAAAGUGGUAGUAUAAAUCUAACUGUAAAGCACACUGAUCAUGGAAGAUAUGUGCAAAUCUUGUUAUAUACUUAGCUUUCUUUGCGUACACAUGGCCCUAUUGUAAUUUCUGCUAAAUGCAAAACUUGUUCCUAAAAUACUGACUUUGAGGAUGCGGGAAUGUUGUAUAUGAUACAUUAAAUAUAUGUUGUUACAUGCAAUGAGUCAUAUUUUAAAGUAUGUCAUCUUUGAUUACAUAAGUAAAAUAUCCUAACGCAACAUACACCAUUCAGUCACACGAUGCAUUGUAAAU